AUCAUUAAUGUGUACGAUCAGAAGUAUGAGAGCGGUGCAUCAUUUUGGCCAGAUGUCAAUCGUCGUAUACUUAUAGGUUUGGGAAUAUCCCAGCUUCUGUUAAUCGGUCUCUUGAGCACCAAAGAUACUGCCAAAUCAACUCCAUUGCUGAUAGUACUUAUAGUUUUGACAAUCUGGUUCCAUAAACUUUGCAAGGGCAGAUUUGAGUCUGUCUUUGUCAAAUUCCCCUUGGAGGAUGCAGUGGUGAAGGAUACAGUAGAACGGACAACCGAACCAAACUUUAAUUUGAAAGAAUAUCUCCGCGAUGCUUAUUUGCACCCUGUGCUCAAAAUGGUCGAAUUUGAAGUACCAAAAGAAAUUGAUGAGGAGAAUAAUCCACUUGUUGCUACCAAGAGGACUACCCAAAGGAGUAGUAAGACUGUUUCUAAUGGCACUGCUGAAGAUGGUCUCUGAGGCAGGGGUUGUAGAGUAAUUAUUUCGUCAUAAAAAGUAGUUAAGAAUUACAGUUAAAGUGUUCAUUUGUUUUAUUUCUUACUACUAGAGGCCUUCUAUAUCAGAAUGUCAAAAACAAGGAAGGUUAAAGGUGGCAGUAAAAAUGUAAUGUGCUACUACAUAUGAUCAAAAUGUCCAGAAUGUCAUUUGCUGGCUGCUUAAACUCGCAAA